AUGGUUCGAACCCGAGGCCCCUUCUUCUACACAGAUUUCAAUCUCCCAGCACUACUCCAUCUAGCUCAACAGAUUCGAAACGUUUACAUACCAUGCUUAUGCGAUUUAUCCAAGCAGCCAUUAUGCGGAGGUUUAAACUGGGCCAUCACAAUUACUUUUGUAGACGACGUCGAAUGGAUGUUUCGCUCGCCUCUAAUGAAUGAAUUCAUAUCCAAUGAAACUGUAUUGGAAUUACUCGAUAGUGAGGUUGCUACUAUGCGUUAUGUUAAGCUGAAUAGUUCGAUUCCGGUUCCGGAUAUAUUUGAUUAUAGCUCCACAACCUCAAAUGCAAUCGGUAUUCCAUAUAUUCUCAUGAGUAAAGCGCCUGGCAUUGCAUUGAGUAAGUUUACAUGGAAUAUUCGUACAAAUCCACAACCAAACCGCGCCUCGCACCGCAAACAACCUCCCUCUAAUCUCCAAAGAGAACACAAGGAGAAAAUAAUGACGCAGCUAGGGGCACUACGCGCCCAACUAUCUAAAAUGACAUUUCCCAAGAUCUGCUCGCUAUACACCGAAGACAAAAACAAAAGCUCCAGCUAUCACAUCGGAAAAUGCCUCUCCCCAUCUCUAACAUGGUACAUGCGAGAUAGCCUGGACGAGAUUCCACGAGGUCCUUUCUCAUGUACGCAGGACUUUCACAACUCCGAGCUCUCAGCAUUGCUUGGGCACGUUCAGGAGCUACCUCUUUCACCACACGUAUUCUUCGCGCCUCUUCCCAAAGCCGCAGAAUUUGAUACGUGGGCGGAAUAUGUAUCUGCAGUUGAUAUGUGGAACGAUUAUGUCACUGUGAAUGGAAAAAUCGAUCAUAAUAAUAAUCGAUUGGAUUAUUGUAUUGCUGAGCAUUAUCUGCGUCUUCUGAUUCCUUCAAUCGACAUACCUGUGUCUGAAUCAUGCGUGCCACCUGAUCUAGCCCAUGAAUACCAGUAUCCACUCCAUCACCCAGAUCUCAGCGCAAGCAACAUCUUUGUAGAUGAAGAGUUCAACAUCAGCUGCGUGAUCGAUUGGGGGUUUGCCUCUACCGUCCCAAUUGCAACACUGCUAGCGACACCCAGUCUGCCCCACCCGAGAGACGAUAUCGAUGACUCUUUAGUCCCAUUUUUUCGAAGUGGUUUUGAUUCUAUUUUUAAUCACAAAGUCGAAGAGAAAUCAUGGAUUCAUGCACAGCGCUCAUGGUAUUUCUCGCGUCUGGUUAAUUUGGAUGAACUUCAAGACUUUCAUUACUUCUCAAAAUUAUACACAUCCGUCUACUCAAACAAACCAAAAGACCUAAUCGAUAUCCCCACUUUAUUCCGAGACACGCGGGGGAAAGAGGAAUUCAGAGAUUUGGCUAAGACUCUGGUGAUGGACGAUCGGCCUGUGGAUAAGGUUGCGAGAGAUGAACGUGAUUAUUUUCCCGCGUUGAGGUUAACGGGGAGGGAAGCCGUUGCGAGGAAACUUACCCUGAUGUCGGAAUUCAAUAAGGGGUUUGUGGCGGAUAAGAGGUUAUGGAGUUGGCUUGGAGAAGCUCUGGUUGAUUUUUGA